AUGGAGGAAACCGAAGGCCCUUCUGAGUUCUAUGAUACCGACACAGUGCGCAAGUUCUCCCUCAGCGAAGAGGCGCUGGCGGAGAAGGCAAAAGUGUUGGAGACGAAUAAAGAAGAAAUGACGGAGCAGCAAAAAGUUAAACUCCUAGAGAACGCCGUGCGGCACUGGGAUUUGUUUUACAAGCGCAACACCGACCACUUCUUUAAAGACAGAGCCUGGCUAGCCAAGGAGAUCCCUGAGAUCGCUGCACUCUGCAGCAGCAAAACGCAUGCAAAUGGGAGCAGCAGCAACUCUCCUGCUGCUGCUGCCGCUGCUGCUCCUCUUCUCGUUGACGUCGGCUGCGGUGUUGGCAAUGCCCUCAUCCCGAUUCUACUAGCGAACCCCCAACUGCAUGCGUCGGCCUUUGACUGUUCGCCUCGAGCAAUAGCCAUCCUGAAGGAACGAUGGGCUGCUGCUGUUGCGGAACAGCAGCAGCAACAGCAGCAGCAACAGCAGCAGCAGCAGCAGCAGCAAGCAGAAGAAGAACUAGAUGCAGUGGCAUCUCAACGGCUUCCUCAAGCUGCAUGCAGCUCCCAAGCUAUUUCUCCUUCUAGCAGUGCUACUGCUGCAUCUGCUGCUGCAGAGGAUUCUAAUUCACCGAAGGGGGCUGAAGCGUGUGCUGCUGCUGCAGACGCAACCGGGGGUGCUGCAGCAGCAGCAGCAGCAGCAGCAGCAGCUGCUGCUGCUGCUGCUGCCUGUGAUGCAGCAACAGACGACGCUGCAGGUGAUAAUUCUUCUACAUCGAUUGUAACGGGAGGGCCGUCUGCUGCAUCUGCUGCAUGUGCUGCUCCUGCUGCUGCAUCUGCUACACCAGCAGCAGCAGCAGCUGCUGCUGCAGUGGCUCGGGGGGAGGCACAGAUAUACCACUACAGCUGCGGGCAGCUGCGUACAGUAGCAGCAUUUGAUAUAACUGCUGCUGCUGUCCCUGAAGCAAUAGCAGCAAGAGGCUCAGCCGACUUUGUUUUGUUAAUAUUCGUCUUAAGCGCUGUACACCCCAAACAUCAGGCAGCUGUUGCGCAGCGUUGUGCUGAGGUAUGCAAGCAAGCAUAA